AUGCCGCGGCCCUGGCGUGCACCCUUCUCGCUCCUUGUCUCCGUCUUCCUGUUCCCGCUUGCUUCCUUCGCCGCGAAUUCGUUCGAAAACACCGCGGUUGUCCGUACCGUCGACCUCGGCGGCACGCUCACCUAUGUCACCACCACGUAUGCUAUUCGGGCGCUCGAGGACGGCUCGAGCGUGUACACCAUCGCUCUCGGGGAGCAGGAGCACGCGCGCACGAGCUGGCUCGAGGCGAAGCUGAAGGGCCAAACGAAGCGGCUACCGCUCGAGGACUUUGGGUUCCACAGCGAGAGCGGAGUGUAUCUGUACACUAUCGAGCUUCCGAAAGCUCUGGACACGAACGGGACCGCGAACUUGGUCAUUGACACCGUCCAGUCGCAUGCGACAUAUGCAUGGCCUCAGGAGGCGCGCCAACAGGAAGAGCAGGCUAUGAAGUAUCACUCCGAAGUCCUCGUGAUCAGCCCGUACAAGACAGUCGUCCAGCGAACGAAGCUCAGGCUACCCACUCCCCAAGUUCACUCUUAUUCAACACCGGAGGGCAUUGCGUUCGCAAAGGAAUCUGUCGUGACGAAAUCCGGGGCGACGAUUACUUACGGCCCUUUCCACGACAUUCCUCCUUCCGCUACCUCUGGGUUCCAGGAAAAGUCUCAGAAGCCAUACACCGUUCACUACGCGUUCGAGUAUCCUGUUCUGGAUAUCACGAAGCUCGAGCGGUCAGCAGAGAUAAGCCAUUGGGGUUCGAACCUUAACAUCCAGGACAACAUCGUCUUCUACAAUGCAGGCCCACGCCUCAAGGGCCACUUCUCGCGCCUCGAGUUCCAGACCCAGGCCUACUUUGGACGGCCUAAGGCCCAUACCAUCCCCUCGGUUACCCUCCAUCUACCUCCUGGUAUCCGGGAUGCAUACUUCUAUGAUCUUGUGGGCAAUGUGUCCACCUCGCGCCUCCGGACAGCACCUUCCGUACCCAAGGGUUCGGAAGGCGGUCGCAACAGCGUUCUUGAGCUCAAACCUCGCUACCCGAUCAUGGGCGGCUGGAACUACAGCUUCACUCUCGGUUGGGACUCGCCCCUUGAGGACUAUGCGGGCUACGACAGUGCGACCGGGAAGUACGUUGUCAGCGUGCCCAUCAUGACUGUCAUCGUCGGCUCUGUUGUGGACGAGGCGGAGGUGAAGAUUGUCCUCCCCGAAGGCGCAACUGAUAUCGAAUACCACCUUCCUUACCCGGCGCUUAGCGAGAACAUGUCGACGCACAUCAGCUACCUUGAUACCAUUGGCCGCCCGAUGAUCACCCUGAAGUACGCCCAACUGACCGACAAGCACGGAGGUAACAUUUACAUUGCGUACAAGGUGCCGUUCACGGCCCACCUCCGGAAGCCUGUCGCGGUCGCGACCGCAUUCCUCGGCGUCUUCGCCCUGGGCCUCAUUUCGAAACGCGUGGACACCCGGAUCAGGCAGAAGUGA